CGUUGCGAUCCUUAAAAACGUUGGCCCUGGUUACCGUAUAUAAUGAUCAUCAUAGUUACACAAACUAUUGAUCAUACAUUCCAUUUAAAAAUCAAAACAACUUCACGAGGUCGACUGUGGCUUGGUUCUUGUUAAUUGACAUAAUCGUGAAAUGUUAUCGCGCAGAGAUAAACUACUGAUCCAACCGUGGGAGGAUCGCAGAUUCAAAGAUCAUCGUUCAAAAGUAAGAUCUGCGUUACCAGCUAUAGAUGAUAGAGCUCCGGCAGCCAGGCCGCACGUAGUACUCAAAUUAAAGAAGAAUCAGCGAGAACUCGACAGAAAGAAUAAGAUACAGAGUGAGAACUUCAGCCUUCUACAGCGAUUGAACGAUAUUAUGAAAGUAAAUCGACUCGACAACCAUUGGACGAAACCAUUGCCCAAUUUUCAGCAAAAGGUAGGCUUGUUCUAUGACGCGGAGUCGUUGCAGAGUAAAGUAACAGCACGCUCCUUGCCCGAACCUUCCGAAGAGAGUUACACAAACGUCAAGUGUUACGCGUGCGAGAUGAGGAAAAAACAGUACGACUACGUGUAUAAGCAGAUCCAUCGAGACUCCUUGCCUUCUAUUUAUUCAAACUAAUAUUAAUAUUGUAAUAUGUUUUUGCAAUAAAACAAUUAUUAUAUUGGACAGAA